UUAUUCAUUUAUGAUUUAUUUAUUCAUCAAGUAUGUGUAAUGAUGAAAAUGUGUUAUUUUGUUUGUUUGUUUGUUUGUUGUUUGUUUUUUGGGAAAUGUCACAUGUUUACUUCCCGUUAUUUUCUUCUUAGAGGGCAGGAGCGGAUGUGCAUGUGGCUGUCGCCAUGGUAACCACAUGUACACAAAUAUGGCGGAAACGCAGCGCUGUGACGGACUUAAACAAAACCAACUUUUAGCCACAGCUGCAGCUACACUAUGUGAUUCGUGAAACUCGUCUCGGUAACGCUACGUGUCUGUUUCUGUUUUGACGUUGACUUUACGCACCAAUAAACUUGAAGGCCUUGUAAAUUUAGCUCGGUAGCAUAGCGUCUGUUUAGCGAAUGAAACGUUUGACGUUAGCUACGUGAGUGAGAGGCUCGGUGUUUCUGCACCAUGCUGGAAGAACUGGAGACGAGGAAAACAUCGCAGCUUGAUCCGUCUGCGAGCAGUCACAGACCCGCAUCAGGAAAGUCACAGGAUAUUUCUCACGUGUUAGCAAACACUUUUAAAGACCUUUACACGAAAGACAUCAUCGGGAAAGACACUUUGUCCAACCUCAUCAAGACAAAGAAUGGACAAAGCAGCUACCAUGACAGAUAUGUUGAAGAGCUUCAACAGGCUCAUUCUGAAUACAGCCGGCGUAUAAAAGAGGCCGACAUGCUGGAGAGUCAUAUCAUUCAGGCCAGAGCUCGGGCUGCAGCCGCAGAAAGCCAGGCCUAUGAGAGAAUGAAAGAGACGGUGGGACAUGGUUAUGAUCACCAGGGCCUCCAUACAGUGAAAUCAGCCUUUUCCUGGUGUGUAGACAGUGAUCUUCUCCAAAUGAACAACCUAAUUUCCCCCCAGGACUACUUAACUACACAAAAAACACAUGUAGAAGCACCAGCAGCAGUGAAAUCGAAUCCUGCCAAACCAACCAUCGCUUCCACCAUGCACGUGUGCAGGGAGCCUCAGGAUGAUGGUUAUACUAUAAUUCCCAGUCCAGAGAAGACUAUGGCAGAAAUGAAUGAGUCAGAGCUCAACCUGACCCUUGAAUCCAGCUCAGAUACCUCAAAGAGGAAGAAAACUCCCAGGGAGUUGAACCAGAUCAAACCCAGACCAAAGUGGAAGGAUGAGCCAAGCGCAAAGGACCGGGUGGAAGGAUGGGAAAAACUUCAGAAGCUGAAAGAUCGACAAAGCUUCCUACGCAACCCUCGCUUCCUUCCCCCGAGUGCACAGCAGGGUGGCACAUCGCUCAUCCGGCCCAGAACCAGCGUGGGGAAGACGGAGCAUGUGAGGAAAGGGGUGGUGGAGCAAAGCUCCACUGAUGAUCCUGCCCCAGUCUUCCUAGCAAAGCCUUCAGUGGUGGUUUUCACAGACUACAGUGUGGGCCAUGUUUAUGAGACAACACUGGAGCUGAAAAACUUGACUUCUGCAAGCCGUCAUGUCCGAGUCAUCCCUCCUACCACUCCUUACUUCUCUAUUGGCCUGGGGAGAUUCCCUGGUGAGGGUGGUGUCGUUGCCCCAGGGAUGAGUUGUAAAUACACAGUGCGCUUCGCUCCAGACUCUCUGGGGGACUAUGAGGACUUCAUUGUGGUGGAGACCCAGGCUGAACACCUGCUUGUGGUGCCCAUCGCAGCCACACGACCCCCUCCUGUACUCACAUUACCAAGAGUUUUGGACUGUGGUUGCUGUUUGAUUGGAGGAGUGAAGUUUGUUGAGUUCCUGUGCCAAAAUGUCGGCCUCAGCGCUGGGACUUUUUGCAUCGUCCCCAAGAACCAGUGGCAUGCCUCGAACUUCAGGACUGUGGCAAGAACUUUCUUUUCUGAGCAGCCACCCUUUGCAGUGAGCCCGUCUCUUUUCGCGCUGCAGCCAGGAGAGGCCAUUGUAGUGGAGGUGGUUUUCUUUCCCACCACUGCUGAGAAGAGCUGUCAGGUUUUCACUGUUGUGUGUGACAACUGCCAGGUGAAAGAUAUUUCCAUUGAAGGUGAGGGCCAGCUGAUUGCUCUUGAGCUUGUGUCUGUGUCUGGGCAGAAGGAGCCGCCGGUGGUGGGAGAGGCGCAUGACCUCACUGCAGAGCAUUUUGUCCGUUUCAGCCCAUGUAACCCUCAUUCUGUGCAACAGAGAAAACUCAUCAUUAGAAACAAUGUCCACUUGGAGCUGCCUUUCCACUGGCAGAUCAUGAAGCCCAACCUGCACCCUCUGCUUCCCGGGGAAACCCCAGAGCCCUCCCAUAUCCAGUUCCACCUGGCCACAGAUGAUGUUUUCCAUGUCAGCCCCCUAACCGGAGUUCUGGGCCCCUGCCAGGAGGAAGAGUUUCUGUUCACCUUCUGUCCUAAAGAGUUGAAGGAUUACCACAGUGUCUGCCACUUAGUCCUGAGGGACCUCCCCCAGAUGCCACCAGAGCCCAGUGACAAUGGUGUCCUUCAGCCUGUGCGCACUGGCUCCAAGGUGAGUGAUGUCAUCGUCAUGGAGAUAGAGGUCAAGGGGUCAACAGAGCCGUACCAGGUCCUACUGGAGCCCUAUGCUAUUGUAAUCCCUGGAGAGAUUUUCAUUUGCACAUCCACCCGCAGACAAUUCAAGAUGUGGAAUCACAGCAAAACCUGCAUCUUUUUUCAAUGGGAGAGAAUGAGCAGCAGCGGCCACAUAAUGGAAGUAGAGCCCUCUACUGGUAGAAUAGAGGAGAACGAGUGUUUUGAUUUCAACCUGAUUGUGACUGGAGGGAAACCAGGGAGGGUUGUGACCAGUCUGCUUUGCCGCAUAGAGCACCAUCACGAGCCCGUCACAUUGGCUGUGGAAGUCUCUUUCAAGGGUCCCAUAGUGACCCUCAGUGUGCCCAGUGUGGACUUUGGGCUCCUGAAGCUUGGGGAGCAGACACAGACCACACUGCUGCUCACCAACAUCACCCAGCUGGAGGCCUCCUGGACCCUGAAGGAGAGGCAGGACCAUGAGGACACACAGAUCUUGAUGGAGCCACGCCAAGGUGUGCUGCCCGCCUUGACUUCUUGCAGUGUGGAUGUGCUGUUUCUGCCACGUUUCUGCCAGCAAUAUGAAACAGAGCUGGAGCUGACAGUGGAGGAUGGGACAGGAUGUCACCUGUCGGUGCGAGCAGAUGUGCAGUCUCCUCAGGUGUGUCUGCUAAACUGUGAGCUGCUCCUCUCUGAACUCUACGUUGGAGUUCCUGCCAAGUCGGUCGUCACUCUCUUCAACCAGACCCUGCUGCCUUCACACUUCAGCUGGAUGGCUCAGCUCCAGGGUAAACAUGCUGAACUGUGUGCAGCCAGCUUCGACCCCUCCUCUGGUACUCUGGGGCCUAACACCAGCAUGGAGAUCACAGUUAACUUUAUCUCUCACACAGAUCUGGAGCUGACUGAGGUGGCUGCUCUCUGCGAGGUCCAGGGGAUGAACUCUCCUCUUGUUCUGAGCAUCGUGACAUCCAAAACCAAGAAACUCAGCGUGUCCUACUCGCUGCCCAGUGUCAGCUCUACCCAAGAUGAUGAGAACCCCUCAACACUGUUACUUGACUUUGGAGAUGAUGUCAUUUUGAAGAGAGCCGUUACCAAGCAGUUAUUGAUAACCAAUCAAACUGCUAUCCCGGCCCCUUUCACCAUAGAGGCGGAGUAUUUCACCUGCCAUGCCUCAAAGCCAGAUGACCGGCCAGAGAAAAGAUUCACAUACAUCAAGAGGCCACUUCACGCAGUCCAAGCUAAGAAAGUGGAAGAAAAAGCACACGAGGAGUUUGUGAGCAGCCUGCUGGCUCAUGGAAAAGGUGCAGCUUUCUUUGUUGUACCAGACGCCGGGAUGCUGGGGCCUUUUGAGACCCAGACUGUGGAUGUCACCGCCUACGCUGACAUGUGGGGGGAAUACAGAGAUCACCUCAUAUGCAAAGUGGGGGACCUUGAGGCUGCGCUCAUUCCCAUGCAGAUGACGGCGAAAGGCUGCCCACUCUACUUCCAAAUGACAGGCCCACGUCCAGAUGGCCAGAACCAGGGACCGAUUAUACAGUUUGGCACUCAUGUGUCUGGAGGUGAUACAGUGUCUCGUUCUCUUCGCAUCAACAAUCCCACCAUGUUUGAUAUUCGCAUGGACUGGGAAACAUAUAACUUAGAUCCGAGUGACCGUAAACUGGUGGAUGUUGUGGUGGCAUAUGGAGACGCUUUUCCACUUAAAGAUGCCGAUGGCAAUGAGGUGUUGAGCGGAGCAUUAAGGAUUUCUGAUGGGGGCGUUCAAACAGGCUGGGAAAGAAACGAGACCCCAGGCUCCGAGGGAACGAGCGCCUCCUUCCAAAGCAUGAAUGACGGGGAAGGAGAGGAAUAUAUAUCCGAGGAUGUCUGUAAGAAGGAGGACACUUGUCUUUAUCCCUUUCCUGUACAGAAAAAACUCUUCUCUGUCCACAUCAGACCUCAUGUGGGCAACCUCUCAGAUUACCCAUACUGCAUCACUCCUCAGCAAAUAGUAAUUCCAGCAAAGGGCAGCGGCACAAUCCAUGUAUCUUUCACUCCUUUGACUCUCUCUGGGUCAUUUUCCGAGUCCAGGUGUGUGGGCUUGGCUCGGGGCUUCAUGAGUCUAGACUCCGAGAUGGCUGCCUGUGUCCCGGGUAAAGUUGGAAGAGCUCAGGGUUUGGAUUUGGAGCCUGUCAGAAUGGAUCUACUUGCAGUCGUUAAGCCUGCGGUGCUGUUAGUGCAGAUGGAGGAGGACGAGGGGGUGCUGGAGUUUCGUGCCUCAGCCGGUGACUUAGUGAGGGAAGAAUCAGAGAAGAAGCUGGUAGUGCGUGAAUUUGACAUCACAAAGACCCUUCAGCUGAGAAACGACUCAGAAAUGCUCCUACACUUCCGACUGGGGACUCAGCCUCCAUUUUCAGUUCCCAAGCUGCAGCCUAGAGCCCGGACCGGCAACUCCAGCAACCCGCCUACUGGUGACAGUCAGUCUCUGGUGCUGCAGCCACAUCACAACAUGCAGGUGAAGGUGGCCUUCCACUGCUCCCCGUCCCUUCUGGACCACGCAGACCAGGCGGAUGAGGAAGCCCCCCCUGGGCUGACGCUGAUCCACAGUUCAAGUGGGCAGAGGAAGCUGAGUUUCCAGCAAAACCUUCAAAUUCACUACAGCAACAGCAGCCUGCAGACCGUGCCCCUCCGUGCCCAUUUGGAUCUUGCUACUAUGCGUCUGUCCACUGACAGCAUCAACUUUGGGCUCUGCUACGUGGGGCACACACAGACAACAGAAGUCAGCCUCUACGGCCAUGGAGCCCACACUUACUGGAGAUCAUCUAUUGAGUCAGGUGAAGGAGCCUCCCAUGUGUUCAGAGUGACUCCAGACUUUGGGCUUCUCAGGUCCAGGGAGCUGCACGUCACCAGCUGCAGCCAGUGUCUUCAGAUCAGCUUCACUCCCAGUGGGGACAGAAAGUUCAGGGCCACUGUGGCAAUCCGGAGUCCUCUGGUGAAGACCCCCCUCACUCUGCAGCUCCUGGGAACAGGAUCCUUUGACGAAGUAUACAGGUCUAACCUGAACCUGUCCUCAUGACAUCGCAGUCAAACAAUCAUCACCUGCUAUUUAACCUGCUCUCCUGAA